AUGAACUAUGCUCGAUAUGCACAUACAGCAUCUGUAUUAACAAAUGGAAAUGUGUUAGUUGUUGGAGGAAUUAGAGAUGAUACUUUUUUAGAUACUGCUGCAGUAUACAAUCCAUCAACAGAUAGUUGGGCAGCUACGGCAAUGCUGGCUGUUCGACGAGCUUCUCACACAGCAACUACAUUAGCAAAUGGAAAUGUAUUGAUUAAUGGUGGAAAUAGUGGUAAUGGUUUUCUUAACACCGCUGAAUUAUAUGAUCCAUUAUCAGGAAUGUGGACACAAACAGGAUUUAUGUAUGAUUUGCGCGUUGAUCAUGCAGCAUCUUUAUUAAUAGAUGGAAAAGUGUUAGUUGCGGGUGGACUUACUCAAGGUGGUCCCCUAAAUAGUGCUGAAUUAUAUGAUCCAUUGAUGAAAAUCUGGAUACCUACUGGUAGUAUGAGUGCUACACGACAGGGUAGUACAUUAUCUACGUUAAUAAAUGGAAAAGUGUUAGUUGCUGGUGGAUCUAAUGGUGGUUAUCUAAAAAGUGCUGAAUUGUAUGAUCCAUCAACCGGUAAUUGGACAAUUACAGGUAGCAUGAAUAUUGCACGGGCAUUUCAUACAGCAUCAUUAUUGUCUAACGGAGAAGUAUUAGUUACUGAUGGAAAAAAUAAUGUUUGUAUAAAUAAUACUGAAUUAUAUGAUCCAUCAACAGGAAUCUGGACAAGUGUUACUAACAUGAAUAUGGCACGACAGCAGCAUACAGCAACUAUACUCACAAAUAGAACGUUGUUAAUUGCUGGUGGUGAAAAGGGCAAUGAUAUGUACCUGAAUAAUGCAGAACUGUUUUCAUUGCCAUAA